GUGCGUUUACACCAAGCACGUCGCGUCCCGUCACGUCACGUCACGUCACGUCAAGUCAUGAAUCGCCACCCCAGUUUAACACUGAUUUGUAUGGAUAUUUGAAAAAUGCGUUUACACCGGUUCCGUCCAGUCACGUCACGUCACGCCGCGUCGCGUCGCGUCAAGUCAAUAUAUAGAGCUGGUUCUAUUUUUCAAGCCAGUCACAGCGCGUCAGUCGUGUUUUGAAUAUGGAUGUGGAACUCCUUAUCAGCUUAGUUCGAGAGCGCCCUGCUAUAUACGAUCCUACAGACCGCAGCCACCGAGAUCGUGAUGCCAUUGCUAAACUGUGGAGAGAAAUUGCUGAUGAAAUGAAAUAUCCAGAAGCCGGGUGUAAGGAGAAAUGGGGGAACCUAAGAAGCAAUUUCAUGAGGGAAAAAAGAAAAAUCAGUGCAAAACCAUCUGGAUCAGCUAAUACCCAAGCAAGGAAGUGGGUAUACUAUGAUGCCAUGAUAUUUAUAAUCCCUCAUGUAACUCCACGAGCAUCAUCCUCAAACGUCCGAACACCUCCUCAUCAAGACACCUAUCAUGACACUGAAGAUGAACCUCAGAAUCAUUCACCUUGUUCUGUCGUAGAAGCAUCAGGCAAUGCUACUCCUGAUGAAGCUGCAAGUAACAUCGAAAUUUGUGAGAAUAGCAGUACUGUCAAGCCUAUGCUUCCAAUAUUAAAGAAGCCUACUGCCACAAAAAAACUCAAGAAGGAGACUGAAGAGGAGAUGGAUAUGCGGUUCCUAAACGAACUAAAAUUACUGAGGGAACAAACGUUGCCACAAGAUAAUAAUGAUUCAGAUCGCCAUUUUCUGUUAAGUCUACUUACCAUGGUGAAGCAACUGUCGCCAAUGGACAACUUAGAUUUUAGAAUUGAAAUGCAGGAAUCUCUCCGUAGGAAGAUUUAUAAACCUGAAUCCUCUGUCCAGUAUGGCUACUGGACUCAGCAAAAUCAGUUGCAUACACCAACACCAUCAUCCUCACCAGGUACAUCCAGUGGAAGUGACACUAACAAUACUUAUUUUCGCCUCUGAGAA